AUGAUUAAUGAAAAUUGGUAUCAAACUGCCAUUGAAGAUUAUGGAAUUAAAGAAAUACUUUAUGAAGAACUGAGUGAAGAAAAAGAAAAAAUAGGAUCUGGCGGUUUUGGUAAAAUUUAUAAAACAAAAUGUAAUUCACUAGGAACAGUAGCAAUUAAGGAAAUAACUAUAGAUAUUGAAGUUGAUAUUAAACGUUUUAUUAAAGAGCUAAAACUUCAUAGUCAAAUAAAACACGAAAGAAUAAUUCUAUUCCAUGGAAUAAGCCGAGAUGAACAUAAAGGGCAUUAUCUCGUACUAGAAUAUGCAAAACAAGGGAAUUUACGUGAAUUCAUCACAAAACGAUUUAAAGAAGGUGAAUUUAAGUGGGCAGAAAGAAAACGCCUCGCAAUUCAAAUCGCGGAAGGACUUCGUUAUCUUCAUAAUGAAAAGAACAUCAUACACCGUGAUCUGCAUACGAAAAAUAUCCUUAUUGACGAUGGUAACGUUAAAAUAUCGGAUUUUGGAUUAUCCAAAAAUUUGGAUAGCACAACAAUAUCAACUGAUAAUAGAGCAUUUGGAGUUAUACCAUUUGUCGAUCCGCAAAAAUUGAAUAAUAAAAAUUUUGUAUUGGAUAAAAAAUCUGAUAUUUAUAGUUUAGGAAUGGUAUUAUGGGAAAUUUCAAGUUGUCGUACACCUUUUAUUAGGGAGGAUUAUAAACUUUUGUCUUAUAGGAUUAUUUGUGAAGGUUUAAGAGAAAGACCUAUCACAGGAACUCCAAUUGAAUACAAACAAAUCUAUGUUGAUUGUUGGGAAUUAGAUCCAGAUUCUAGGCCUUUAGUCGUGGAGGUUCUUUCACGAUUGGAAUCCAUGUCACUUGAACCAGUUUUUGAAGGAGAUGAUGAAUAUCCAACAUAUUACCCACCAUCAUCUCCUGAAAAUACUUCUGGGUUUAAUCCUUCUAUGGCUUCUUAUAUUAUCCCUGAUGGUCCAACAAACCCAACUACAUCAUCAACAAAUACAGAAUUACGCGAUCAACCUCUUGGGACUAGACCUAAACAAUUGAAAGAUAAUAACGUAAUAACCAAAUCAUCAAUUAAUGUCAAAGAAAGUUAUGCUGGAGAAAUUAGAUUCAGAUUUACUAAUAAACAACUUAAACAACUUCAAUUCUACAAUGUACCUGAACCAUGAAAUGAUUGAUAGAAGUGAUAAUAAUUUUAUUAGCUUAUAAUUUAAGAUUAUAUCUACAGUUAGAUUUCAUAAUAUUUAAAAGGUUGAAAU